AUGCCGGAAGGACCUGUCUGUCCCAGCCACUCAGUGCUGGAGCCAGCCGCCUUCAUGAUGCAGAAGGGGCGUGGCCUCGCGGGCCAGGGGGCGGGGCUGCCCUCCUUAGGGGCCGAGCGGCUGAUCCGCCACCUGCAGCAGCACCAGGUCCCCAUCGCCGUGGCCACCAGCUCGGGCGCCGCCUCCUUCGAGAUGAAAUCCCGGCAGCACGCGGCCUUCUUCUCCCUCUUCCACCACGUGGUGCUGGGCGACGACCCCGAGGUCCGCAGCGGCAAGCCGCACCCCGACAUCUUCCUGGCCUGCGCCCGAAGGUUCUCGCCACCGGCACCCCCGGACAAGUGCCUGGUGUUCGAGGAUGCGCCCAACGGGGUGGCGGCAGCCCUGGCGGCCGGCAUGCAGGCGGUGAUGGUGCCGGACGCCCACCUGAGCCGCGAGCUGACGGGCCGCGCCACCGUGGUGCUGGGCUCCCUGCUGGACUUCCGGCCCGAGCUCUUCGGCCUCCCGCCCUUCCACUGAGCCCAAGCUCGGGACUCGAACUCGGACCCGGGGCCGAG